AUGGUGUUGUCACUUCGUAUUCUGGGCUCUGCUGCUGUUAUGGCAGUCGCAGCCUCUUGCAAGCAGCUCAUUCUGAAUUUUGAUGACAUCGCCAUAUCAAACGACAACGGGUGUGGUAAUUUCACCUUUGGAGAGUUUUCUGUCUAUCAUGAUAUCGCGGUUUCAGAUGCUUUUGGCACUUCUAGGGUUUUCAAUGCCACCAAAACUCCAUCUUGCAACUCUGUCUUAGACGAGGAUAUAAGUUUAGCCUUGUUUGGUCGAGCGCCUUCACCUUCCAACGUGUUAUUUAUCAGCGCAUUGCUUGAUGCCCAGAUUGUCACUGCUAAUGUAAAUACAACAUUGGUAAACGAAGCAUCGUUUGAUAUAUUGCCCGUCUUUUCAGAAGCUGAGCGUAAUUCGAGCGAUGUAACUGUUAGAGUUUUUACUUUAUUUUCUGAUUUCGCCGAUGUCGAGAUUAACCAUGAGUUCGAAUUCCACACUGCAACCGAUGGAUGGGGUCCCUAUCACGUCAGUGUUUCUUCAAAUGGUGUCGAGUAUCGGUUUCUUGAGGCUGACGUAGUGCUUCCGGAUGAGGAUUCCCAGAGGGGAGGAUUACCUCCCGCCUUCUUCCUUGAUAACCUUGUUUUGGAGAGUACAGAGUGA